AUGUCUCAAACACCUCGAAACAUGUCUGCCUCUUUUCGGACCAACCCCUCUCACCGAAAAAUCGAGAACACUCCGAUUGAAUUCUAUCACACUCUCGACAUGGUCAAUACUUUUUGUAUUCAAACCAUCAAUUUAUUAAAUAAUUUUUCACUCCAAUGUGAACGAAAACUCAACGCAGCACAACAUGAUUUGGUUCGAAUCGAAAUCACACUCUCACUACUCGAAAGUAAAUUAAAAUCUAUUGAUGGAAUGGAAGCCAAAAUGAAAGAAUUUGAAAAUUCUGUGAAUUCUCCGACAACAACGACAACAGCAGCUGGACCCAUCCAUGAUCCUUCGUUCGGAGCAUCAUCUUCCGGUUAUGUUCCACCUCCACCUCCAUCAUCGACAGGAAACAUUCCUCCACCUCCACCAGGAUUUGGUUCUUCAACUUCAUCAGGAGUGAUUCCGCCACCACCUCCAAUGACAGCAACUGGAAUGGUGAUACCACCUCUGCCUGUCACUACAGGUGUCGCAAGCACUUCUGAUCAUUCGAAUACGGUAUUGCCAUCCGUUCGAGGUGGUAUCGAGUCUGGAGACACAUCUACUGCUUCGAAUAUCCCAACAUGCGAACAAGACCCUCGUCUUGCUCGAUAUUUCCGAUUGUUAUAUAAGGUCGGAGUACCAAGAGUGCAAUUGGAACGAGACAUGAUCCGAGAUGGUUUUGAUCCGAACGUUUUGGACACACCACAAGCACCAUCUCCGUUGGGGCCAUACAAGGAAGAGAAUUCAGAGGAAGAAGGAGGAGAUGCUGCAGCAUCUAGCGAAGAAGAGGAGGAAUAG